CUGUCAUUUGACGCCAAACGAGCGUCGCACGCAGAACGCAGAACGCACAGUCCAAUCGUUGGCUGCCGUCCCAUCACAUCGGAGCAUUAAGAAAUGGUGCAUCAUCAGGGAAUGUUGCCGCCGCCGCUGCUGCUGCUGCUGGGCGUGCUCUGUGCCUUGCCUUGUGUGAUCCUGGCGAAGAGCGAACAGCCAGCACGCAUUGUCUGCUACUUCAGCAACUGGGCCGUGUACCGUCCGGGCAUUGGACGCUACGGGCUGGAGGAUGUGCCCGCCGAUCUGUGCACGCAUCUCAUCUACUCCUUCAUUGGCGUGGAGGAGAAGAGCUGGGAUGUGCUGGUGAUCGAUCCCGACUUGGAUGUGGACCAGGCGGGCUUCAGCAAGUUUACGCAGCUGAAGAAGACUCAUCCCAAGCUGAAGCUGCAGAUAGCCGUCGGCGGCUGGGCCGAGGGUGGCUCCAAAUACUCGCAAAUGGUGGCCGUACGGGAGCGUCGCCAGAGCUUCAUCCGCAGCGUGAUCCAGUUCAUGAGGCAGCACGACUUCGAUGGCUUUGAUUUGGACUGGGAGUACCCGGGGGCCACCGAUCGGGGCGGCACCUUCGGCGACAAGGACAAGUUCCUGUACUUUGUGCAGGAGCUGCGACGCGCCUUCGAUCGGGAGGGACGCGGCUGGGAGAUCACCAUGGCGGUGCCGGUGGCCAAGUUCAGACUGCAGGAGGGCUACCACGUGCCGGAGCUGUGCGAAUUGUUGGAUGCCAUUCAUGCGAUGACCUAUGAUCUGCGCGGCAACUGGGCCGGAUUCGCCGACACACACAGUCCGCUGUACAAGCGCAGGCACGAUCAGUACGCCUACGAGCGCCUCAAUGUGAAUGACGGCCUCGCGCUGUGGGAGGAGAUGGGCUGCCCGGCGAACAAGCUGGUGGUCGGCAUUCCGUUCUACGGGCGCACCUUCACGCUCAGCAACUCCAACAAGAACUACAACAUGGGCACGUACAUCAACAAGGAGGCGGGCGGCGGUGCGCCGGGACCCUACACGAAUGCCAGUGGCUUCCUGGCCUACUACGAGAUAUGCACGGAGGUGAUGGACAAGUCGAAGGGCUGGACCGUGGAGUGGGAUGAGGCGGGCAUGGUGCCCUACACGUACAAGGACACCCAGUGGGUGGGCUACGAGAACGAGGCCUCGGUGCAGAUCAAAAUGGACUUUAUCAAGCAGCGGGGCUAUGCGGGCGCCAUGACCUGGGCCAUCGACAUGGACGACUUCCACGGACUCUGCGGCCGCCACAACGGGCUCAUGCAAAUACUCUAUGACAACAUGCGGGGCUACCGGGUGCCGGAGCCCACACGGGAGACGACGCCGCGGCCAGAGUGGGCGAAGCCGCCCGCCACUUCGCCCAAUCCGGACGAGGGCUCCGUGGCGCAGAGUGAAACGACGACGCGGAAACCGAAACCGAAGCCAAAACCAACUUCAGGCCCAGUCAGCACAACGUCAGCGCCGGCACUGGCGCCAGCCCUGACCAGCACCACAAAGCAAACAACCACAAAGAAACCGAAGAAGCCCAAGAAGACAACCAGAGCCACCACCACCAGCACAACAACAACAACGUCUGCUCCGGAGAAGGCUACGGAUGAGCCCGAAAUAGUUGUCGAUCCCGAACAGAAGCCAGGGGAGCCUCAAUUCGAUCCCAGCGAAAUCGAUUGCACCAAUCGCGACUUUGUGCCGCAUCCCAACUGCCGAAAGUAUUUCCGGUGUGUCCAUGGCAAGCCCGUGGAGUUCGAGUGCAAGGAGGGGACGGCCUUCCACACGGUCCUGAAUGUCUGCGAUUGGAUCGAGAACAGCGAUCGGUAUUAUUGCACCCGCAUCAAGCAGAAGCAGCGGGGCAACGAGGCCCACUAGCUGCCAACCACGUACUAAACAUAUUCUAAAUUAUUUGAAACGACUCUAGCAUAAGUUAGGAGAUAUUCUAAGAACUAUUUUAAUUUAAUAUAGUCUUAGGGUUAUAAAGUGGGUCAGAGAGAUUACUGCACGAGACGAAGCCCAUGAAAAUAUAUAUGGUAUGAAUCAAAUAAAUAAGCAACUUAAUGGUCCGUUCAAUAAAA